GUUUUGUUGACGUUGUUGUGUUUUGGUUUUGUGUUUGUAUUUAGAAUGUGAAUUUCUAUUCCUGUAUUGUGAAUUGUGAUUGUGUAUUUUUAUUUUCAUGGAUUCAAUAUUAUACAAUUGUGAGUAACAAUAAACUAUCUUCACAUUUAUGCAGUUUUCGUCCAAUAAAACCAACAGCAGCUUUUCCAGUGAAUGUUUAAACAAGAGAUUACAGCAAUACUCCAGUAAGUCCAGUACCUGCUUGGUGUCGCUAGCCCCAUUAUCAAAUAUUUUUCAUAAAAUCUCAAACAACAUGUACUUUUCCUUCUGGUGGGUCUUCACCUAUUACCUAAGGCCCAUCAUUAAAUGGUUUCUACGUAAAACAACGGGCCUGUGUGAACUUCAAAGGAUUUGCUAUGGUGAAGUUAGUGGAGCUCCUAGGGUCAAAGCAGUGGAGCAGUCUCUAAAUUCAUCUAGAUCCAAGCAGAUUCGACAAUUGAUUGAUCAUUUGAAUGAUAUUGCUGAAAAUAGACGAUUUACUGGGGCUAAUGAAAGGGAAAUAUUAAAAGGGGCAGUAAGUACAGUUCUAAUAGUCAAAAAAAUAAACCCAAAAAUCCACUAUCAAUUUGUAAUUGCGUUUGGAAAAUGCGUAGAACAAAUUUGGGGCUACAAGCAGCUACUGGCAGAGGUAGAACAGUUGAGACAGGCACAAUUUGAUAGCGACGAUUUGAAUCAUGAAAGAAAAUUAUACGAGUUAUGGGAAAAUUUGAUGCCUAACGAAAAAUUAGAAGGGCGUAUAACAAGACAAUGGCAAGAUAUAGGAUUUCAAGGUGAAGAUCCGAAAACUGACUUUCGUGGAAUGGGUAUGCUAGGCCUAGAAAACCUCCUAUUUUUCGCUACGGAAUACAAGGCCCCUGCUCAACAUGUUCUAUCCCACUCGAUGCACCCCACCUAUGGCUACUGUUUUGCUAUCGUAGGCAUUAACCUUACUUCAAUGGCUUUAUCUUUAUUACGUGAUGGUAGUGCAAAAACUUAUCUUUAUAAUGCCUCGAGAAGUUUACCUACAAUAAGACUAUUUCAUUAUUUUUACAGUUUUUUGUUCUACGAGUUUGAUAGGUUCUGGAUGGAGUGUAAACCAAAAGAUAUUAUGGAGUUUUCCAGUGUGAGAGAUAAGUUUGAGAAAAAUUUACGGAAUAGUUUGCUCAAUUCUAGGAUGGAGUUUAGGAUUGCCUUGAAUGUGGAAAAUGUUUAGGAAACUAUUUUGAGCACUAUGGCACAAAAUAGCUCAAUUUAUGUGUUAUAAUCAAUGAUACCUACUGCCUUCACACUAGCAAAUAGCUUUAAGUUAGGAAUAGCUUUCUCAGGGUUAAUAUUUUAUGUGUACUUUUAUCAAUAGGUGCAGAAAUGUUGAAUCCUACUGUGUUUAUUUAUUUAUUUAUUUAUUCCAAAGCUAAGCAAUGACAGAAAUUUUUGUGUUGAAAAAUUAGUGACACUGCCCUUACACUAGUAAAUGGCUUUGAGCCUCAGUGUAGCUUUCUGAGCUUUUCAUGUUCUUUUUUAUUACAUUAUAUUGUAGACGCAAAAUAUGAUCUGCACCACCCAGUGUUUAUGUUUAAUAAAUGUUUAACCUAUUUUAUGUUCAUUGUAAAUUUAAAGUACUUAUUAGUAGAAUAUGUUUGUAAUUUGAAUUUUAAUUAAUAAAAAAUUUUCAACUGGCAA